CGAAGGCACCUUCCCAUCCUCCUGCAAGGAGCAGUGAAACGAGCCAGUCUUCCACAAACCCAGCGCCGAGUUAGAGACAUCCUCUACAUCCGAACACACCUGUCAUCAGCGACCUCACCCGUCCCGGCAUCCGCUCGUCGCUCCUGUCAAACCAGCGCCGCGCUGUCGGACAGUUUGACCCGCGCUGACACCGGCACGUGCCGCCCCGUCCGGCCCGUCCCGUCCUGACCAAGGCCACCGCCUGCCGUCGGUAUAGCCGCAUAUUAGCGCAUCACAUUGUGCGCCGCGUAAUUGUCUCGCGUGCCGUGCCGUCCGUGCCUGGGACGUGUCGGGUCAGUCGCUGCGCCAGCGCCGUCCCCUUCAGACCGUCAGGAUGCUGGCGACCAUGCUGGUGGCGACCGCCCUGCUCUCCCUAUCCGUGGGCCACUGGCUCGGCGGCGGAGAGGCCUCCUGGGGCGGCAACGGCAGAGACUGGGGCUCCGGACGGACCGGCGGCGGCUACUGUCGCGACCGACAGGGCUACCUCUACCGCUGCGGAGACACCAGCUGGGGUACCGGCAGUCGCUGGAAUGACUACUACGGCACCGGUGGCUACUACGAGCGGGCCCGCUACGUGGGCCGCGGCCGGGUGCGCUACCGGGGACGAUACGAAGGGGCCGAGCUCAUCUGCGACUUCCGACGAGACGGACGGCUCGGCUACGACGAGAGGAUUGAGAACGUGGUCUGGAAGAAGGUGCGCGACAACUACUACGGCAGCGGCGGCGGCUACUACGGCAACAACGACGGUUACUACGGCAGCAGCGGCGGCGGCAGCGGGGGCUACUAUGGCGGCUGCAGCGGCUCCCGGGGCUGUGGCGGCGGCAGCUACCGGGACGUGGACCGUCACUACCCGGGCGGGUACUACCCGAGCGGCGUGGUGGCCGGCUGGGUCACCACAUCCGGGGACGUCAGCACGCUGACCCUCUCCGACCCGCGGCCCUACGACGCCGGCAGGUACCGCUGCUACGCCCAGGUGCGCGGAUGGUCCAGCUACGGCCGAGGCGAUAUGGUCUACAUGGAGGUGGAUUAUCGCGGUAGCGACAACUGGGGCAGCGGCAGCUGGGGUAGCAGUGGCAGCUGGGGUAGUGGCAGCGGCUGGGGUAGCGGCUGGGGCAGCGGCUGGGGCGGCUGGGGGUACCGGCGCAGCGCUCUCUCCAAGACCGAGCCGGACCGCGUGGUUGACGGAGAUGAAGCGGCGAAGACCAAGACCGAGUCGUCAGACAAGAAGGAGGCCUAGGGGCGGAGGAUGCGGCCCUCAGCGAGUGUUCACUGCUCUCCAGCAGGCUUGGAGAGCAGAACGACCACUGAAUUGUGCGGACAGACCAAUCAGCCUCGCUGUAAACGGAGGAGGGGAGCUUUGUACUUUUAUAUAGCGGCAUUAAAGAGUGCCUUUGCUGCUGCCUUAAAGUGGCGGAGAGGUAUCGAUAUGUUGGGUCAGUCACCGGUGUUCGAUGGUCAAUUAAUGCUGUAAAUAUCUGCCGUCGGUUUUGUGUUCCGAAAAAGUCGCAGAUGACUGUGAGAACAUACGAGAUGCCUGAGGUAGAGGAAUAAAUGCAGUAGAUGAAUAAAAAAU